AACUAAAAUAUUGUCUUUACACUCUUAGAUAAUUUCACCAAACUGUACUAUAUAAAACAGCUUGGGCCCGUGUUUAUUCCCUGUCACUUAUUAGUAAACAAUGGUAACUUAAAAAAAUUAAAAAGCCAUUAUUAUAGUGUUUUAUAAAGACAACAGUCUUUAUAUGAGGAGAGGCUGGACAGCUGCAUCAGUAAUCUCCUAUGGCAACCAAUGCUGCCGCCAUCUUGGCAGCUCCACAAUGUCUGAACUUUUUAUGGAAUGUGUCGAGGAGGAGCUGGAACCAUGGCAGAAACAAGUUCCUGAGGUUCACUUGAUAGAGGAUGAUGAUGAUGAACCCAUCUUCGUCGGAGUUCUCUCUAAUAACCAAAAAGAUGGAAGCCCUAAACCUCCGCCCCCUCAGAGGAACAGUGCAGGGAUACAAGAAAUUAAACGUCCUGCUCCACAGACUGUCAUUGGCCCCUCACCAAUAAUGCUGCCACUGAAUAUGGCUGGAAAUACAGUGAAUACUGCAGCACCCAGUCUGACAACAGUGACUCCACAGCCUGUUAUUGUCAACAACCAGGGCUUUAUUGUCGCUUCUCCGCAAUUAGCAAACAACAGUGAGUUUAUUGCCUCUCUUGGGACACAGUACCCCCCUGGGACUUCAUUUACAAUCGUUCCAGCUGGUCAGCAGCAGCUUUUUCAGCAGGUCAGUGCAGGCACAGUCAUACCCGGUGCUGUCCACAGGCCUCAGGUGCAACAAAUCAGCAACAACAUUGUGACGUUGUCUAACGUCCAGAGCCCUGCUGUGUAUUCAACACAACCUAAUCAGCUGCAACCCAACCGGCCAAACUCCCAGUCUAUUCAGACCCUCUCUGUGCCUGUAAAGGCCAAUAGCACCAACAGAGAACAAAGCCCUGUCAAACGUGGACUGGUACCACAGCAAAUAGACAGUGUACCAAAAAGAGUAAAGCUUGAUUUGGCUCCAGCAAAAGUAACUGUCCAAGUGGAAAAUGGAAUCUUAAAGAAAAAGUGCUCCCAGUGUCAAGAAGAAUUCCUUACGCAGGAAGCCCUGAAAUUUCAUAUGAUGAGUUGUGGUACAAACGUUGAAAGCACAGCUCCAUCAGCGCUGAACAUGGGUUCAAACAAGCGCAUCAUGCUGGUCUCAGAUUUCUACUAUGGCCAGUUUGAGGGAGAUGGGAACAAGAAGGAGGGGCAGAAGACCAACACCACUUUCAAGUGCCAGAGCUGUUUAAAAGUUCUCAAGAACAAUAUCAGGUUUAUGAACCAUAUGAAACACCAUCUAGAGCUGGAGAAGCAGAACAGUGAGAGCUGGGAAAGCCACACAACCUGCCAGCAUUGCUACCGACAGUAUAUGACUCCGUUCCAGCUGCAGUGCCACAUCGAGAGCGCUCACAGCCCGAUCGAAUCCUCAACCAAUUGCAAAAUCUGUGAGCUGGCAUUUGAGUCAGAGCAAGUGCUCCUGGAACACAUGAAGGAUAACCACAAACCCGGGGAAAUGCCUUACGUCUGCCAGGUGUGCAAUUACAGGUCCUCUUUCUUCUCAGACGUGGAGGCGCAUUUCCGAAGCGUCCAUGAAAAUACAAAAGACCUGCUCUGUCCCUUCUGUCUCAAAGUUCUCAGAAGUAGUCACAUGUACAUGCAACACUACAUGAAACAUCAGAAAAAAGGGAUCCAUCGCUGUGGAAAAUGCAGACUGAAUUUCCUCACCUACAAGGAGAAAGUGGAGCACAGGACUCACGUCCACAAGACUUUCAGAAAACCUAAAGCCCUGGAGGGCCUUCCUCCGGGUACAAAGGUGACCAUUCGAGCCUCCCUCACAGGAAAGACGCCCGUAGUGCCGAUCUCUCCUGAUCGGUCUGGCUUUACCGUCAGUCCGGACACAAGUUUCACUCAGCAAACCAAAACUCCAGUCAGUGUAUCCAAGUCUAAGUCGAAUGUCUCUGGAGCAGGAAAAGCCAAGACGACUCAGAGCAAGAAGCAAGAUAGUCGAACUUCCAAACACAACCUGGCACUCAGGAAUCUCAGAGUCAACGGAGGGCGCUACACCUGCAUCGAGUGCAACACACAAGUCGACCACUUCUUUUCUCAUUUCCCAAUGGUUUCAAAUUGUGGCGCGUGCAAAUAUCGGACAAGUUGCAAAGUUUCUAUUGGGAAUCAUAUGAUAAGAUUUCACAGUACCAUCACCAAAAACAGAUUUUUGAAAAUGGAUCAUAAGAAAAAUUCAUCUACAUUAAAAUUAACGCUGGUCUGUCUCAACUGUGACCUCCUCGUGGAUGCAUCAGGCGGUGACCUGAUGACCAAACAUUUAACUGAUCGACCAAAUCACAUAUGCAAAGUCAUUCAGGAGAAAGCAGAUGUCAAAGCCAAAGAUCGAGUGCAUCUCGUCCUGGGGCAGCCAGCAAAAGUCUUGUACCUCCUGACGUCAGCAUCUGCUCAAAGACCAAAGGAAAUGGACUCAAAACUAGUUGAAAGUGUCACAUCUGGAAACAUUUCCGUUGCCACUGUUGAUCAACCAGAGCCGAUGUUACCAGCAGGUGAUCAGGAGAAGGGUUCCACAGAAAUAAGUAACAGUGAAGGUCCCUUCAGAGGAGAAUUAAAGCAGUCGUGUACAUCAGUUGGGGUUUUAGAUUGCAGUGAUGGGCGGGUGGGUAAUUCAGAGAGCCCAGAUGUCGGAGAGCAGCUCCUGGUCUCAGGGAUCAUCCCUGAGCAUGAGACUAAGGAAGAGCAAACCAAAUCUGAAUGAACCUGUACAUCAGCUAAACAAUGCACAUGACAAACUAAAGGUCUGCACAGUUAUGGAUUUAAAAACAACUGCUUCAUCAGCCAUAUCUCGGCUCUGUAGUUUCUUUUUCAAAUAUCAAUUGUGAUGAUGUUGCUUUGGCUGCUAGUAUUUGCUACUACUACUUAAGAUUUACGUGUUUGGCGGGUGAGUUUCAACAAUUGGAAAAGUAUUUUAUUCUUAUUUAUAAAUAAAGAUGCAUCCCCUACAGUCUUAUUUGCCCUUUAAACUGUCUAAUUAGAUAAUUUGCAAACAUCACAAGUCAUUAUUCUGCAUCUUGACUGAUUCCAGACCAUGCAGUGUCAGUUGUGGGCUUGACUUAAAUGACUCUUGAUUAUUUUGUAUUUCUUUAAAGUUUCAAAAACUCAUCGAUGUUAUGCUUAAGGAAACCCCAUUUGCCAUCCGGAGGACAGUGUUUGGCUCUGCUCCUGAUCACCAGUGUUUUUGAUUUGCUUUACUGAGGAAAGAUGAACACAUUUUUCAGUAAUGUGACCCUAAAAUUCCACCACACUGAGUGGCACAAAAUGUACAUGCUCAUGUUCUCUCUGAUGAUUUAUUGACGUCAUUUUAAAUUUCUGUGUAGUUCCCAUAAAAGUGCACAAAGAAAAGAAUGUACUUUUGCUUUUGAUUCAAUUUUGUUAAAACAGUUUGAGCCCCAUUUUUAUUGAAGACUAUUUCACGCUGGUAGGUUUAAGAUAUUUGUAUUAGGUUUUUAUCGUCCAUUAAUUUGUGGUUUUCUAUCAUUGUAUAAUGUGUAAAUUAUUUUUUGAGAUGUAAUCACAAAGCUGCUCCUUUUUUAUAGUGAAUUUGAGAUUAUACCAACAAAAAAAAAAGCAGGCAUUAUCACUAAAAUCUAUACAUUGUUUAUAGAAAAUUCCUGAUUUGUGGCAGAAAUAUUGGUCUAUUAUUGAUGUGGAACAUAUAUCAUUAAGAGCUGAGGUGUGAAUGUACCAGAGUAAGUUAUAUCUCAGCACACAGAGAGUUGCUUUAAACCAUUAAGAAAUGCAAUAGGACAUGUAUAGAAAAUAUUAGCAUCUAAUUUUAUUAAAUGUAUAAUACUAAGAAAGAGAAUUUCAGCUUUGUCAAAUGUUUGCCCAGAACAAAACAGAAAAGGUGGAAAAUGACCACAACUAUUUGAGGAAUGAGAAAAACAAUAGCUGUAUACUACUGUACCCAAGUAGAUUUUUUUUAUUUUUUAUUUUAACUGUGUUCAAAGUGCCAGCUUGUAAAAGAAACACGCUACUUUGGGCACGGGUACUCAGCACAGCACUUCAGCUUGUCAACCGAUUCUCCUGUCACCGCUGCUGGUUGAUUAAGUUGCCUUUUAUGUUGCUUUUACUGGAAAAAGAAGUCAAAUUCCCUGUGGCUCUGGGAAUAUUUCAUACAAUGCGAUUUGUUUACAUAGUGUGGCUUAAAAUGUCAAAAGUCAUUGUUCAUGUCCUAAGUUUUUAAAAAGGGUUUUCAGUCUCUAUAGAGCAAAUCUCUAAAUGCAUCUAUAUCCAUAAUGUCACUGUAAAUGUAAGCCCCUAAGUCUGUUUUGAAUACAUUCCUCUAAAGAUAUAUUGUGUUCCCCCUUAGGGCACAUUUUCCUCAGAGAUCUAUAAACUACUGGGUUUGGAUCAGUGUUUUUCUGUUGUUUGUUAUGUAAAUAAAUCUUUAAUAUGA